AUGGGGACACAAAAUGCUUUACUACACCGCUCAGGGGAAAUGACUAGGUACAUAAAUCUUAUAAUUUGUCUUCGUCUUUCUGUAGAAUCCGCUGCAGGUCGCUUCACCUCUGACAGUCAGCUGGCAGUAGACCCGGGGCAGCAGCCUCCUCCAGCCAACCAUGCUCUUCUUCCCCCUAAAUUCCUCCUGGCUGCUUCCUCUGAGCCGAGCAGGAGUUCAACUCCUUCCUCUUCCUCAUCUUCCUCUUCCUCAACCUCUUCGUCAUCCUCCUCCCCUGCUGUAGUCGUGGCCAAGCCGCCAAGGACGGUCUCUUUAAUAAAUGAUGACCUCCCUCGCGCCUCGUUGGUAGCUCCGCCCUCUGCUGACUCUGACAUACCACCUCCUGUCCCUCCCCACGCCAAACAGCCUCCCGUCCCUCCACCCAAACCUACCAACCGUAACAGCAAUCCUGCCCUGCUCGCUUCCUCGCUGAACAGGCUCUCUAAGGUCAGGCAGCCGCAUUGCUGUACCGGCUGGAGACGACAGAAUGAGCUAGACACCUCUUCUCUGCCUGUGUACCUUCAGCACAGGGCCAAGACCUCCUCAGCAGAGCUCUCUCAGCCUGGUAAUGGCAUCAUCACAGUGCCAGCACCUGCUAAACGGUCUCCACCAACUCCACCAAAGAGAACAACCCCCGUGAUGAAGCACCAUUCUGUGGAAUCCUCCAGCCACAAGCAAGUCCCAGAGUCCCCCACCAGGGACAAGCCCUCUGUCCCCGUGACACUGUCCUCUGCUGUCCUAAAGGGAGAAAAUACUGAGGACAAGACAAAUGCAGCUAAUGACCAAAUGUCCGUAGAAUCUCUGCCUUCACCUCCUUCCCACAUACCACCAUCUCCUGUCAGGGUUCAACCACUUCUUCUCGUCUCUGCUCCUGUUCCUACUAUUCAAACGGAUCCCCCCAGUCCUACCACAGAGCCCCCCAGCCAACCUCCUGCCAUCCCCCUACAUAUCCUCAUCCAGAGAGCCCUGGCAAGCUCAGGUCCAACUCAGCCAAACCCAGAUGGGUCCCAGAGGGCCCAUUCUCUCCUUUUUGAGUAUCCCCCAGAGUUCCUCAGCGAGAUGGGCGGUGCCACACGUCACUCUCUUCCUGUCACCAUUGAGCCUCUCAGGCUGCCAGAAGACGAUGACUUUGACAUGGAGGAGGAGCUGCGAAAGCUUCACCCCAAAAGCAUGUUCGAACAGCUGGAGCUGGAGCCUCGCAGUCGGCGAGUUGUGGGAGAGCCAAGAGUGAGUGUCAUCCCCGAGGGAGACAGCCAAGGGGACAGUGAGGACUGUGCUUCUGAUGGCCCCAUUUUAUACAGAGAUGAUGAAGAGGAGGAGGAGGAAGAUGAGGAAAUCCCCACACGUGGCCUGGCAAGCCGAGUGAGGAGAAAAGGCACAUUAGCCUUGAAGCUGGAGAGACAGGAAAGAGAAGAGAAGGAAGCUCAAUGAGAACAACGAUGGCAUGGUUGGAAUAACAAUGAGCAGUGGGCAGUGAGGAACAAGAUUGGUACUACACUAAUACGGCGGCUGAGUCAGCGACCAACAGUGGAGGAGCUGGAGCAGAGGAACAUCCUUCAAGCCAAGAACGAAGCGGAUCGUCGGUUAGAGAGAUGUGAGAUCAAACGGAGGCUCACAAGAAAGCUUUCUCUGAGGCCCACAGUGGCUGAGCUUCAGGAGAGGAAGAUCCUGCGUUUCCACGAGUAUGUGGAGUGCACACACGCUCACGACUACGACCGGCGAGCAGAUAAACCCUGGACCAAGCUCACUCCAGCUGACAAGGCUGCCAUCAGAAAAGAGCUCAAUGAAUUCAAGAGUUCAGAGAUGGAAGUUCAUGAGGACAGCAGGAUCUACACCCGCUUCCAUCGACCUUAGCGGUCCACGCAGACUAUAAACACACUAUGACUGCCAGGAAAAGUCUGCAGGGGGCGUCGCUCCUCAACAGUCGACUCACUGACUGCUCACUACUUCACACUAGCACUUCAGCUGAGGAUAGAGCUGCUGAUGCUGGAACCAAACCAGAAGAAGCCCCAAAUCAGCUUAUCAGAAAAGCUGCAGGUACUGACUGUGGACACAGGGGGCGCUGGAGCCACACAGGGUGACGGCGUGAGAAAUCUCACAGCCGGGAAGACGAGUUGUAGUGCUGAGAAAGACUGAAGGCUGAACCUCACAGGAUUUACUCUGUUCUGCAACACUGUCGCCCCCUAGAGGAAACCACCCUCACCUACACUUCCUGUACAUAAACGGAUCUCUGGCUUUAUAUUGGUGAUGGUACCAUUUAUACAGGUUCACUAAAUCACAGUCUGUGUUUGUCCCCUGGUACCUGAUGCUUCUCGCCUUCUUGUCCUCACUGAAGCAGACUGAAGUCAUGUCCAGAAGGUGUCAGGUUCUGGUCCAGCACGCGGUUUCUGAGCUGAUCUCAGAGCUUUGAAUCCUGUAUAAAUGUGUAUUUUUCUGUAUCUUACUCAUCACUGGAAUGAUUCUCACAGAGCACAUAUCUACUGUUUCUCCCCAUAAGGCACUUUGUAUUCAUAAUUUGGUUUGUGGAAAAUCUGAAACUCUGAACUUAAAAUUCUGUCUUUGUAAUUAAAAUGUUGAAGCAGGAAAUGUAGAUAUUUUUAAUUUUCCGGACUCUUUUAUGGUCCUCUGUAUAUGGAGCUCAUUAGUUUGCUGCGAUUGUAUAGAUCAGUUGUGUAGAUUUCUUUGACUUUAUAUAUUGUACAUUUAUUGCAGAUUUUUUUUUAGAAUUGUAAAAUAUCACUUAGACUAAUUACAAUAAGGUGAUAAAGAACUUUUUUUUUAUGAUCCAGAGAUCUUUAAAACUUUUUGCAGUCCAGUUUAUAAAUGAACAAUCAACUCAAAUUAAAACAACCUGUGAUUUUUA